GAAAGAUAACAACAGGAAGAAAGCCUGAUCUUGCUUUAUACAAACAUGGGAAGCAGUUCUGAAGGCCCUUCUCAUUGCAAGCAAAAUGCAGCAAAUGGGAAUUAUGUUGCCCCAUCAAUCUCCCACGAGCAGAAGAAUUUUGAUAUGAUCUAUACAAUUGAAGAUGCACCCCCAUGGUAUCUCUGCAUCCUCCUGGGAUUUCAGCACUAUUUGACGUGUUUCAGUGGCACCAUCGCUGUUCCCUUCCUCCUGGCAGAAUCUCUCUGUGUAGGGAAGGACCAGUACACCAUCAGUCAGCUUAUUGGCACCAUCUUCAGCUGUGUGGGCAUCACCACCCUCAUCCAAAGCACUGUGGGCAUUAGGCUUCCUCUGUUUCAAGCCAGUGCCCUGGCAUUCCUGGUUCCUGCCAAAUCCAUCCUGGCUCUGGAAAAAUGGAAAUGUCCUCCAGAAGAAGAAAUCUAUGGCAACUGGACAUUACCACUGAACACGUCUCACAUAUGGCAGCCAAGAAUAAGAGAAAUCCAAGGAGCCAUCAUUGUUUCCAGCCUGGUGGAAGUGGCAAUUGGAUUGGUGGGCGUUCCUGGGGCCCUGCUCAGCUACAUCGGGCCCCUGACAGUCACACCUACUGUCUCUCUAAUAGGUCUCUCCGUCUUCCAAGCAGCAGGGGACAGAGCCGGAUCACACUGGGGCAUUGCCGCAUUGUCUAUUUUUUUAAUUGUUCUGUUUGCUCAGUACCUACGAAAUGUUUCUUUUCCCCUUCCUGGCUAUAAAUAUGGGAAAGGCUGCAUUUUGGUCCGGAUACAGAUCUUCAAGAUGUUCCCAAUCAUACUAGCCAUUUUGGUGGUCUGGCUGCUCUGUUACAUUCUGACAGUGACGGAUGUGUUUCCUCGUGAUGCCGAUGCCUAUGGAUUCAAGGCCAGAACAGAUGCUAGAGGAGAAAUCUUGUCCAUAGCACCCUGGUUCCGUCUUCCCUACCCCUGUCAGUGGGGGACCCCCACGGUGACCGCGGCUGCUGUGCUGGGAAUGUUCAGCGCUACGUUAUCUGGUAUCAUUGAAUCCAUUGGAGAUUAUUAUGCCUGUGCCCGGCUUGCGGGGGCUCCCCCUCCACCAGUGCAUGCCAUCAACAGAGGCAUUUUUACAGAGGGAAUCUCUUGCAUCAUUGCUGGGUUGCUGGGCACUGGCAACGGUUCCACUUCCUCCAGCCCAAACAUUGGAGUCUUGGGCAUCACCAAGGUGGGCAGCAGGAAAGUGGUACAAUAUGGUGCAGGAAUCAUGCUUAUUUUAGGAACCAUUGGCAAGUUUACCGCUCUGUUUGCCUCUCUCCCUGAUCCCAUCCUCGGAGGGAUGUUCUGCACUUUGUUUGGUAUGAUCACUGCAGUGGGCCUCUCCAAUCUGCAGUUUGUGGACAUGAAUUCCUCCCGCAAUCUUUUUAUCCUAGGUUUUGCAAUGUUUUUUGGGCUCACCCUUCCAAAUUAUUUAGAUUCACAUCCAAAUGCUAUCAACACAGGCAUCGCUGAAAUGGACCAGAUCUUAAGAGUGCUCUUAACCACAGAAAUGUUUGUUGGGGGCAGCAUUGCAUUUAUAUUGGACAACACUGUUCCAGGGACUCAUGAGGAACGUGGUUUAGUACAGUGGAAGGCUGGAGCACAUGCCAACAGUGACGAAUCUGCAAAACUGAAGAGCUACGAUUUUCCAUUUGGGAUGGGUGUGAUUAAAAGGACUCACUGGUUAAAGUAUGUACCAGUGUGCCCUGUUUUCAAAGGUUUUAAGUCAAGAACAAAGAAAGAUCCUGCUAUAUCAGAAGAGGUAUCAAAUACAGUGGAUGCAUCAGGAAUGUGUACCAAGGUUUGAAGGAGCUCUCCACAGUAUAAUGAAAAGUUAACAACAGAGACUGCAGGAAAAUUCAGGGGUAUUUGAAAUAUUCCAGUGAAACUGUGUCAGAUCAGUCAAGAUCAAUGACUGAAUCACAUCAGAGGACAUUCAUGUGGCUAUUCAAGAACUUUAUUUUCACAUAUCUUAUUCUCUGUUAGAAAAAUGUGAUUAAGAGUUCACCUAGGCACUGUCAAAACAUACUGACUCAGAGGCAAUAAUUUUAUUCAUUUUGAUUUGUAAGCACCCAGUAUGAGUUUAGAAGGAAAACAGGUACUAUAAUGGCUUGAAAUUGGAAGACAUUUAUUCUAAGAUGACCAGUUCUGGGCUACAAAAGUCCAGCUGAUGGCAGAUGCAAAAGAUACAGAAAACUUUCUUUGCUCCCAUCUAGUAGUCAACCAGAUCUUUACAGCCCAGAUCUGAUGGAGCUAAUCAUGUAUGAUCCAGAGUCAAAUUACUGCAGUCAAUUCUAAUUAUGUAGCAUUCAUUCAUACUUACAUAUAAGUAAAACCUUGAUUUUACUGACCAGGGUUUUUUUUGGGGGGGGGUACAACAGUGUCCAUAAAAACCAAAUGUCUGUAAAAUCCAAUUUUAUGCAUUUAUGACAUGUGUUAUUUCUGUCCAUUUCUGUCAAUUGUGUAAAGAAGCAAAUUAUGUCAAUUGUGAGGACUGCGUCAGAAACAACAGAUUUUGCCUACUGCUUGGGAUAAAGUCUGAACUAAAAUUUUGUCUACCACAUUCAGAAUCUGCUGAACAAAGGUCCAUAAAAUUGAGGUUUAGCAGUAAUUUGUUUUGUUCUGGUGAGUCACAGAGAAAUCUUUUGUUAGAAUGUUAAUAGAUGGCACAUAUUCUGAAGAACACUCUAUCAAGAUUUUCUUCACAAGUACAUAAACUAGAUUUGAUUCCAGGAACCAAAUUCUUUUUCUAUGUACACACAUGUGAAAUGGUGCAAACAUUCAAGAGUGUUUUACAACCAUUAACAUCUUUGGCUAACAGAGACAACCAGUAAAGGCUGAAGCCUAAGCUGAAAUUUUAGGAAAUCUGAAUUGAGUAGUUCAGUAGUAAAAAGAGGAAAUGGGAAACCUGACCCUCCAAGUGUUGCCAAGCUAAACCUUUUAGCAUCUCUCCCCACUGGCAUGGUGGGAAGAUGGCUAGGGUUGAGAUUCAGUGAUAUGUGGAGGGCCCCAAGCCCCUAUACCUAAAGAUAUUUUCCUGUAUACUUGUCAAGUGCAUACUUAAAAAAAAAAUACAGCUAUACAGCUUCUAAAUGUGGAAUUUUUAAGGUCAGCCUUCUUCAAGUUGAUGCUCCCCACUGUUUGGACUACAGCUCCCUGCACUUGCAUGACUACCGGGAAUGUGCUAUAGUACAUGAAGGGAGUUAUAAUUCAGAACAGAUGAAAGGCAGCAAGUUAGGGAAGAGUGGCUUAGAUUAUUAAAAUACAGUGUCUUCAAUUGUUGACUAUAACUGCUAUUUUAAAAUUCCCCAUUAAGCCACUGCUAAUGUCCUUGGUUUUUCCAGUUCAUUUCCCAUCAAACUGCUUUUGCCCAGAAGAACUCUCUUUUGGUCUACAUCUGAAACAAACCAGCUGUUUUGUUCCAUGAACAGACUAACAUAUUCCAAACUACGCAGGUUUGGGCCUGGAUAACCCAAAAGCAGCUGUCCUGUGCAUGAAACAUUCUGUACAUUUCUAAAAGUCACUGAACAAGGGCACUUAACACAAGCAACCACAAGUGGAAAAGGAGCAGCAGUGUUGAGAAAUUACAUACCAGAGUAACUACUACAAGCUCUGUUCAGAUUUUUAUAAAUCAGCUAGCUGGCCUUCGUGGUUGUCUACCUGAAAUGCUGGCAUCUUUUUUUUUACAGCAAACAUUCCUGUUAUUCUGCAUCUAGUCUUGAAUGCCUGCACCACUGAUGUUAUUGUUUCAUUGGCACCUUGCAAGAGUACAGCCACUUUCAGUAUCAAGGGGCAACAAUUUCAUUUUAAAAAGCUUCCAUAUUUAUGGCAUGUAGUACUGUAUAAAAACUAAGCAGGAUAUUAAAUAAAGGGACAAAAUGAAUACCUA